AUGUACAGCUGCUCCUGCCUUCCUCCAAGGCUGAUCAAGCCCCGGUUCAGUCCUCCAGCUGCUGCUGCUACUGCUUUGGUCUCUUGGACCCAAGCAUCCCGAACCUCACAGCUGCCCCGGCCUCACAGCUGCCCCGGCCUCACAGCUGCCCCCGGCUUCACAGCUGCCCCGGCCUCACAGCUGCCCCGGCCUCACAGCUGCCCCCGGCUUCACAGCUGCCCCGGCCUCAGCUGCCCCCGCCUCACAGCUCCCUCUACAGCUGGCCCCGGCCUCACAGCUCCCUCUACAACUGGCCCCAGCCUCACAGCUGGCCCCGGCCUCACAGCUCCCUCUACAACUGGCCCCAGCCUCACAGCUGGCCCCAGCCUCACAGCUGGCCCCGGCCUCACAGCUGGCCCCAGCCUCACAGCUGGCCCCGGCCUCACAGCUGGCCCCGGCCUCACAGCUGGCCCCAGCCUCACAGCUGGCCCCAGCCUCACAGCUGGCCCCAGCCUCACAGCUGGCCCCAGCCUCACAGCUGGCCCCAGCCUCACAGCUGGCCCCAGCCUCACAGCUGGCCCCGGCCUCACAGCUGGCCCCGGCCUCACAGCUGGCCCCGGCCUCACAGCUGGCCCCAGCCUCACAACUGGCCCCAGCCUCACAGCUGGCCCCAGCCUCACAGCUGGCCCCAGCCUCACAGCUGGCCCCGGCCUCACAGCUGGCCCCGGCCUCACAGCUGGCCCCAGCCUCACAGCUGGCCCCGGCCUCACAGCUGGCCCCGGCCUCACAGCUGGCCCCAGCCUCACAGCUGGCCCCAGCCUCACAGCUGGCCCCAGCCUCACAGCUGGCCCCAGCCUCACAGCUGGCCCCAGCCUCACAGCUGGCCCCGGCCUCACAGCUGGCCCCGGCCUCACAGCUGGCCCCGGCCUCACAGCUGGCCCCAGCCUCACAGCUGGCCCCGGCCUCACAGCUGGCCCCGGCCUCACAGCUGGCCCCGGCCUCACAGCUGGCCCCAGCCUCACAACUGGCCCCAGCCUCACAGCUGGCCCCAGCCUCACAGCUGGCCCCAGCCUCACAGCUGGCCCCAGCCUCACAGCUGGCCCCGGCCUCACAGCUGGCCCCGGCCUCACAGCUGGCCCCAGCCUCACAGCUGGCCCCGGCCUCACAGCUGGCCCCGGCCUCACAGCUGGCCCCAGCCUCACAGCUGGCCCCAGCCUCACAGCUGGCCCCAGCCUCACAGCUGGCCCCAGCCUCACAGCUGGCCCCAGCCUCACAGCUGGCCCCGGCCUCACAGCUGGCCCCGGCCUCACAGCUGGCCCCGGCCUCACAGCUGGCCCCAGCCUCACAGCUGGCCCCGGCCUCACAGCUGGCCCCGGCCUCACAGCUGGCCCCGGCCUCACAGCUGGCCCCAGCCUCACAGCUGGCCCCGGCCUCACAGCUGGCCCCGGCCUCACAGCUGGCCCCGGCCUCACAGCUGGCCCCAGCCUCACAGCUGGCCCCAGCCUCACAGCUGGCCCCAGCCUCACAGCUGGCCCCAGCCUCACAGCUGGCCCCGGCCUCACAGCUGGCCCCGGCCUCACAGUUGGCCCCGGCCUCACAGCUGGCCCCGGCCUCACAGCUGGCCCCGGCCUCACUGUUGGCCCCAGCCUCACAGCUGGCCCCGGCCUCACAGCUGGCCCCGGCCUCACAGCUGGCCCCAGCCUCACAGCUGGCCCCAGCCUCACAGCUGGCCCCAGCCUCACAGCUGGCCCCAGCCUCACAGCUGGCCCCAGCCUCACAGCUGGCCCCGGCCUCACAGCUGGCCCCGGCCUCACAGCUGGCCCCGGCCUCACAGCUGGCCCCAGCCUCACAGCUGGCCCCGGCCUCACAGCUGGCCCCGGCCUCACAGUUGGCCCCGGCCUCACAGCUGGCCCCGGCCUCACAGCUGGCCCCGGCCUCACUGUUGGCCCCAGCCUCACAGCUGGCCCCAGCCUCACAGCUGGCCCCGGCCUCACAGCUGGCCCCAGCCUCACAGCUGGCCCCAGCCUCACAGCUGGCCCCGGCCUCACAGCUGGCCCCGGCCUCACAGCUGGCCCCAGCCUCACAGCUGGCCCCGGCCUCACAGCUGGCCCCAGCCUCACAGCUGGCCCCGGCCUCACAGCUGGCCCCGGCCUCACAGCUGGCCCCAGCCUCACAGCUCCCUCUACAGCUGGCCCCGGCCUCACAGCUCCCUCUACAGCUGGCCCCAGCCUCACAGCUGGCCCCGGCCUCACAGCUCCCUCUACACCUGGCCCCGGCCUCACAGCUCCCUCUACAGCUGGCCCCGGCCUCACAGCUGGCCCCAGCCUCACAGCUGGCCCCGGCCUCACAGCUGGCCCCAGCCUCACAGCUGGCCCCAGCCUCACAGCUCCCUCCUCCCAGCAACUGCCGGCUUGUCGCCCGGGUUAUCAUCCUUGUUUUUUGCCUCCUUUGUGA